AUGAAGCUGUACGAAAUUUCAGCAGUCAUGGAAAAACUCAGAAAGGGAUAUCAGUUUGCAAGAGCGGCUGCUGAAGGGUACCAAACAGCGAAAACUAUCGGCGAGGGUUACCAAGUACUCAAAAAGGUUGGAACAGCUGCUGGUGGCUACCAGGCUAUAAAGAAAAUUGGUGAACAGUUCAUGGGACAGCAAAAAGCAGAAUGA